AUGCAGCGUAAGAUCUGUUCAUCAUUCUACGCCCUGCCUAGAUUCGUAUCCCAGUUGUCCUUUAUCCAGAACUCCACGUAUCUCUGUUCCGCUGGUGCAGAUUGUUAUUUACGUUGUUGGCAAAGUCGUACCGGGCGUGAACUCGGUGCUUUCAAAUUGGAAUUUCCCACCAUCAACGGACUGUCGUUGGAAGAUGAUUCUAAGGAAAGUAGUUGCCGGGUGAUUGUUUCUCGCCUAUUCAUGAUUAAACCGAAUAUCUGUGUAGGUGCCUGCGCAAGUCAUCCAGUGGUAUUUACCAUACCGGUUCACAUUUCGACGGAUGGUUCCAGUGCCGAGUGGGGACCAAUUUGUGUGACAACCACACCCGGAGAUUGUCCUCUGGUGGACUGCGUCGUAUGUCCCCUGUCUGUGCCCCCUGGUGACCAGCUGCCGGUGUGCAUGAUCGGUUUGACCGGUGAGGUACCCAGUCGUUUGGUCGCAUGGAACCUGUCACUCCGCGGGUCUGCUGAUAGCCAGUGCCAGUUUGAAGAGGUAAGAAGGCUCCGGCUAUAG